AUGACCGUCAAACGUAUCGGUCUCUUUGCGCCAUCGAUGAUUAGACAGGAGGAAUCGUCGAUGAUUCAUAUAUGGGAUACAGCAGGGCAAAAAAGGUUUCAAAGUCGAGGUGUUGCUUUUUAUAGAGGAGCUGAUUGCUGUGUUCUUGUGUAUGAUGUAAAUGUAAUGAAGUCAUUUGACCAUCUUAACCAUUGGAGGGAUGAGUUUCUUAAGCAGGCAAGCCCUUUGGAUCCAGAAAACUUUCCAUUUGUUGUCAUAGGAAACAAGACCGAUAUCGAUGGUGGAAACAGUAGAGUGGUCUCGGAGAAAAGGGCUAAAGCUUGGUGCGCCUCGAAAGGAAACAUUCCCUACUUUGAAACAUCUGCAAAAGAGGGCAUAAAUAUUGAAGAAGCUUUCCAGUGUAUAGCUAAAGAUGCUCUUAACAGUGGAGAAGAAGAAGAAGAAAUGUAA